GCUUCGCCGGAACUGGCUACGCUCGGCCGCCGUAGCGAGCGCGCGCCAAAGGAGCGACCGCGGCCUGGCGUUGCCAUGGCGGCGGUGGAGGGUCGCGGAGGGGAAGGGCCGCUGUGGGGCUCUCGGGGCCCCGGUCGCCCCGCCAUGGAGGACGAGCUUUACCUGGAGAACAUCGACGAGUUCGUCACGGACCAGAACCGAGUCGUAACAUAUAAAUGGCUGAGCUUCACCUUAGGAGUUCAUGUGAAUCAAGCAAAGCAGAUGUUAUAUGACUACGUAGAAAGGAAACGGAAGGAGAAUGUGGGAGCCCAGUUGCAUGUCACCUAUUUGCUGGCAGGGAACCUGGUUCAGAGCGGGCACACCUACCAUAAGGUUGCAGUAGUGAGAGAAGAUAAAUUAGAAGCCUUGAAGUCCAAAUUCUCCACAGUGGCCAGCGUGCACGUCUACAGCGUCCAGAAAGCCCAGCUCAGGGACAGCAGCCCCCUCUUCAACACCGACUACGACAUCCUCAAGGCGAAUCUCGAGAACUGCGGCAAAUUUAGCGCCAUUUGCUGUCCUGCUGCCGUCAUCAGGUCUGUCGCUGAAGGCCCCCAGGCUGAGACCCCCGCCCAACUGCCCCCCCAGCCUCCACCUGCCACAAGUGCACUCCUCGCUCCCGCGCUCAAUGGCCAUGCUCCAGGCGCGUCUUCCAAGCAGCCCGCCCAGCCGAUGAAAGGCAUUAUGGGAAUGUUUGCGGCCAAAGCAACCUCCAAAACGAAGAACACCAACAAGGAAGCUAAACCGGAGACCAAAGAGACGCCCAGUGCUUCGGUGACCAACAGCAAAGCCGCAGCGAAAGGAAAUAUGCUGAACAACUUCUUUGGCAAGGCAGCUGUUAGCAAAGAAGACAAAGCCAGCGCUGAACCCGAACAACAGAAGGAAGAGCGAUCCGCUGCCAAGCCCCCCGUUUCUUCCACAGACCCGAAGCCUCCUCUUAGUCCUGCUGGCCAUGAGAAGGCCAGCAAGGAGGUCGAGCCAGCCAGAGGGCAGCAGAGGGAUAAGAAAAGAGCAAAGCGGGCGGACGCAUCUGAUGAGGAGGAGAAAGGAAGCAGGCGCCUAAAGAAGAAAAGGCGUCGGAUCAAACCGCUUCAGUCGGACAGCAGCGGUGGUGAGGAAGACUCUUCCUCCCUGGCAACGUCGGAAGACACCCCUCCUGUGCCAGCUCAGAAGCCUCGGACUCAGCCGGCACCUAAACCCCCGGAGGCUUCCGUGGGAGUGAAGAGACGCAAGCGGAAACGGGUCUUGAAAUCCAGAACUUUUGUGGACGACGAAGGCUGCAUCGUGACGGAAAAAGCCUACGAGAGUCAAUCUUGCACGGAGAGCGAAGAGGACGUCCGCACGAAGCCCGCCGCAGCUCACAAGGCCCCUGUUGGCCCCCCGAAAAAAGACCCCAAGGAGGAGAAGAGAGGCACCAAGAAAGGAGGGCUGGCCCCUGGCAAGGCCAAUAAGCAGGCCUCCAUCAUGGGCUUCUUCCAAAAGAAAUGACCCUCCGAGGAUUUGCAGGAUUUGAGCGAACCUCUCAUCUCGGAGGUGUGGGAUUUGCUCUGUAGCUGAGGUCUCGGGAUCCAGGCGGUGGGACUUGGGAAGCUUCUGAUCCUGAAAUUAGGUGGGACGCUGGGCGCUGGACGACUUGCACGGGGCAGCCAGGCGCUUAGGAGUUUUCAACCGAAGAGCGUACGCAUUCCUCGAUUUCUUUUAAAGCUUUUAGAGGCUGGUCCUCCACAAAUAGAGGUACUCCACAUCUUGUGCUCAGAAAUUGAACAGGUCUCCCUCCUUCUCAGGGGCGGAUUUGCAAUCCCUUCCUGGAAACAGGGAGGUGGGGCUAUCUUCUCUCUUGGGAGGGGGGUCCUCUUUGGGGCCAUGUUGCCCCCUCGUUGGCAAGAGGUCCGUGGGGUCUCCAGCCUGAAGAAGCCAGCAGAGAUGCCUCCAAGAAGAUCCAGGCGAUUUCCCUUUCAUGAAGCCCCAUAGAAGGCCUCAUGAUCCCGCAGGACUUGUUUCCAAGAAGACCCCCACCCACCCCCAACGAAAUCUCAUCCGCUAGGACUGGCAGCUGGAAACAUCUGGGCCCGCCCUCUUCAAGGGUCUCCACCGCCUAGCCCAGCAAGACCCCUCUGUUCUCCAGGAACAAUGGCCAAGUGGAGAUUGUUGAAGGACACUUUGGUCUUCUAAGAAGGCCGCGUACUGACUACUGAUUCCUUCAACGGAACCCUCCGUAUUCCUCAGAUCUUGCUUUGGAUCCAGGAAAGAUUUGACCCCAGCCUCAGAAAGAUCCCCCAGCAUGGGAAUCAGCCACGGCUGGCUUCCUUUAAGCCCCCUACUCGGAUUGGUCAUUGCAAAUUCUUCAUAAUGAGAAACCUUUCAGGAUUGGCCAGGAGCGCCGUUGGGGUAGAAGAUGCUAACUACGAAUACCUUCCCAACAUGGUUACACAAACCAGUGGCCAUGGUUUGGCCCCUCUCCAAAUAAUGUGCCUUUGGCUUGGACCCUCUUUGGGGCGUGGGGGGGGGGGGAUGUACAGCAGCCCCUCCCACAAACUGGGAUGAAGAGAUGCGUGAAAAAUUGGCGGUCUUUUGCUAUUUUGGGGCAGGGUCUGCUUAAGAAAUUGUUAUCGAAGGAAAACACUUCUGGAUUGAAAGGCCCGACUCCAAAGAAAUGAAAGAUCUACAGAGGCCUCGCGUGUAGGUACAACAGCCAGUCCUACUCUGGACAUUGUCAGCUGCUUGUGACAAAAAUCACAACUGCCUCUCGGAUUACCAUUUUUCGGCCCUCUGGCGUGUCUCUUCCUUUCCAACUUCUCCGAGUUUUCCCAUAAGUGGGUAGUGUUAUUUUCCCAGGUUUUUCCACGGGAAAAUUAUCUCAAUAGGGGAGAGGAAAAGGAGCGGGAAUUCGGGUCAGAUGUUCCCAGGCUCCUACACCAGGCAAGUGUUGUACAAACACACACACACACACACCCCAGAUGGGCACAGUUCUAGCGGUCACUGGGGUGAUUUUUGCAGCCAAAUAACGGUAGUUGAGUUACAGGCCCUUGAUGGCGAACCUGACCCAUGUGCCAGAGGAGGCACGGAGAGCCCUCUCUGCGGGCACAUGCGCUGUCGCCAGCUGCUCUUUUGGUUUCCAGCACGCACAUGCUUUGCCUUCGUGGGUUAGGGUUCGGGCUGUUUUCAGGACAUUUUUGGCCCAAAGAAACAGCCUGAAAAAUGCCCCCAAAACGGGCCAUUUUCAGGCUGUUUUUCACAUCAAAAAUGGCCCCAAAACAGCCAAAAACAGGCUGUUUUGGGGACCCUUUUCAGGGUACGAAAAUACCCUGAAAAUGGGCCAGAAACCAGCUUGUAAAUGGCCCCCCAAACAGGCUAUUUUGGGGGGGGCAUUUUCAGGCUGUUUUUCAUGCAGUUUUCUGGCCAUUUUUUUGGGCCAAAUGCGGCUGAAAAAUGGCCAAAAAACAGGCAUGAGCCAGCUGGUCAGCUGGCCUUCAGGUUUCCAGUGUUCUGGUGCAUGCUCACGCACAUCUGUUCCAGUUUGGGCACUCGGGGGGGGGGGGUGGUGAAAAGGUUGGCUGCCAUUGUUACCGGCUACCCUGCAAAAGGUGCUUUCCGGAAAGAGAUUCCCCCAAAUAAACUUUCCUCUUAAACUUCCUGAUGGCUUUCUUAGAAUGAAUUGUCUAUUUGGUCGACUGGAAGGCCGACGGAGAAAACUUUCGCCCUUUCAACUAAAAUGUAUUUUUUUUUUCACAGUGGCCUGAGAAAGCUCCAUUCCAGCUUUGCUUCUAACGAUCAAGUUUUAUCCCUUGCUGUAAAAAAACCCAGAAAUUAUCCCAAAUCUAUUCAGAUGGCAAGGAAUGUCUCUUGUCCUGGUUCGAUCAGCUUCCGGGUCAGUGUUUCCCAACCUUGGCAGGUUUUAAGAGGGGUGGCCUUCAACUCCCAGA